UUUAUCUCCUCCCUUCCCAUCCCCCCUAAUAAUCAGUUCUUUUAUCCAGACCAACAAACACACCAUAGGAGCUUUGUGGAUUCAAAGGAUUUGCUUUCGCUUCUGAAAGAGCCGCUAUUCUUUGAUGAUUGGGUAGCGGCAAACUUCAAAGCCAUAAAUCUUCGCUCUGACUGGCUGGCGGCCCAGCAAAGUCCUUAUCAAAUUCUUGGAGGUGAUCCUGAAGCGCUCAGACCGCGCGCGGGGCGAGCGAGCGGGGCGCGGGAGGGGAGGACGCCGAGGCGCGCUGGGCGGCCGUUCGUGCUCGCCUUCGGGUGUCCAUGCCUCGGUGGCGGCGCCCCGCUCGGCAGCCAGCGGCCCCCGAGCAGUAACCAUGGCCGCCGUGGCCGUCCUCCGGAACGACUCUUUACAGGCCUUCCUCCAGGACCGCACCCCCAGCGCCUCCCCGGACCUGGGCAAGCACUCGCCCCUGGCGCUGCUGGCCGCCACCUGUAGCCGGAUCGGCCAGCCGGGCGCCGCGGCGGCGGCCCCGGACUUCCUGCAAGUGCCCUACGACCCAGCGCUGGGCUCGCCCUCCAGGCUCUUCCACCCGUGGACAAGCGACAUGCCGGCGCACUCGCCGGGCGCGCUGGCGCCCCCGCACCCCAGCCUGGGGUUGACGCCGCAGAAACCGCACCUGCAGCCGUCCUUCGGGGCUGCGCACGAGCUGCCGCUCACGCCCCCGGCGGACCCCUCCUACCCCUACGAGUUCUCGCCGGUCAAGAUGCUGCCCUCGAGCAUGGCCGCUCUGCCUGCCAGCUGCGCUCCCGCCUACGUGCCGUACGCCGCGCAGGCCGCGCUGCCCCCGGGCUACUCCAACCUGCUGCCCCCGCCGCCGCCGCCGCCGCCGCCACCACCCACCUGCCGUCAGCUGUCCCCCAACCCGGCCCCCGACGAUCUCCCUUGGUGGAGCAUCCCGCAGUCCGGCUCUGGACCCGGGGCCUCCGGGGUUCCCGGGGGCAGCCUCUCCAGCGCCUGUGCUGGGGGUCCCCACACCCCGCGCUUCCCAGCCUCAGCGGCCGCCGCUGCCGCCGCCGCCGCCGCCCUGCAGCGGGGCCUAGUGUUGGGCCCGUCGGACUUUGCGCAGUACCAGAGCCAGAUCGCUGCGCUGCUGCAGACCAAGGCCCCCCUGGCGGCCACGGCCAGGAGGUGCCGCCGCUGCCGCUGCCCCAACUGCCAGGCGGCGGGCGGCGCCCCCGAGGCGGAGCCGGGUAAAAAGAAGCAACACGUGUGCCAUGUGCCGGGCUGCGGCAAGGUGUACGGCAAGACGUCGCACCUGAAGGCGCACCUGCGCUGGCACACGGGCGAGCGGCCCUUCGUGUGCAACUGGCUCUUCUGCGGGAAGAGCUUCACGCGCUCAGACGAGCUGCAGCGGCACCUGCGGACUCACACGGGCGAGAAGCGCUUCGCCUGUCCCGAGUGUGGCAAGCGCUUCAUGCGCAGCGACCACCUGGCCAAGCACGUCAAGACUCACCAAAAUAAGAAGCUUAAAGUUGUCGAGGCCGGCGUCAAGCGGGAGAACCCCAGAGACCUGUGAGCGCCCCCGGACGCUGUUCCGAUCACUCCAGCCUAGGGUUCCCCUCCACACACCCCCUGCAGAAGGACUUUUGCCAUUGCCCAAAGUGGGGACUGGCUCCCAGCUUCCUUGGCCCUGGAACAGAGUAGGCCAGGGAGACCCCGUUGGGAACUGGUGCCAGUGGGGUCAUGGUUAAGAGCCCCUGGAUUGUGCCAGGAUGAAUCCACAAAGUCCGCACCGUUGCCACCGCCCGGGAGACCUGCAGUUUGGGAGUACUACCCUGGGCCUUGUAGAUAGGACACGCUGCUGAAUAAAAGCCGAAAGACCUUGAGAGAUUGAAACUGUUUUCACCAGGACCGCUCCAGGCUUUGUACAGGUUAUUUAAUAAUAGCUUUGUUAAAGAGUAAUUAUAAUUACGACAUUAAUGUUUGUUUUGUCUUCAGCUCCACGCAGAGCUACAGCAUGAUGUGUCUCUGUAAAGCGAUCAGCGAUUGCAGCGUGAAAAUAAAUACGUUAA